AUGGCCAAACACUUGGAUGCCCGCGAACUAUUCGGACAGUUUACCUCCAACACUUCCCUACAUGGAGUUAAGUACGUCUCUCAGAGUUCCAGAGGUGCACGAAGGUACUUCUGGGUUGUGGCACUCGUCUGCAUGUCGGUGCUGCUGGUGAACGUUGUAGUGAAUCAAGUGGAGAAGUUCACAAGCUACCCGUUCUACACGGUGAACACCCUGCGGCAAACGCACAGCCUACCAUUCCCGUCCGUCACGAUCUGCAACAGUAACUUGUUCCGGAAGUCUGUUGUAAUACAGGACCCUAUCAUGAAGCUUACCCUGAGAGCCAUGUACGACAACGGCCCGCGGGCCCCCGCCAUCAACUUCAGCGAUCCCCGUUUUGCCUUACAGCACACAGAACAUGACUUAAAGAAAAUAAUUGAGACCACGGCUCACCAGCUAGAGUCGAUGUUCCGAUUCUGCUCUUGGAUGUCAGAUGAAGUGAACUGUUCCGAAUACCUGACCCCACGUCAAACAAACCACGGCCUCUGUUACACCUUCAACUCGAUGGACUACAUAAAGAGUCACGGAAGACUGAACACCUCGUUUCCAGGUGAGCUCGGCGGACUCGAGCUCACCAUAGACAUAGAAGAACACGAGUAUUUCUACGGCCUAACACCUGCAUCAGGUAUCAAGGGAUCAAGGAAUGUACCUUUGCAACAGAGAUCAGCAGAUGUACCUCUGCACAGAGAUCAAGGUAUGUACAGCUGUAACAUGCUACAGGGAUCAAGAUAUCAGGAGAUCUACCUCUGCACAGAGAUCAAGGUAUGUACCGCUAUAGCAGAGAUCAAGGUCUUGGUUCAUGACCCACACAUAUCCCCCAAUAUACAAAACCAAGGUUUCCUCGUCGGCCCGGGCUCCAAGGUGUCGGCGUCAACUUCCAUCACUAAGGUCAAGUGCUUGCCUGCACCUUACAAAGCAAUGGGAGACGAAGAAUGCCUGGACACUGAAGCUCCUGAUUUUGAAUCCCCGCUAGACUUCUGUUCCACCUACGACAUCCAAGCAUGUCACAUGGAGUGUGCAUCAAAAGCUGCUAUUGCCGAAUGUGGAUGCCAGGAUGUUUUCGACCAUGCGGCCAACGUUUCAUAUUGCAGUAUCCGGGAACUCAUCAAGUGCUAUCGUCCCAGUAAGGCCAAACAUUAUCGCUCUGUCAAAUCGCAGCAAGAUUGUAAAUGUCUGAGACAAUGUAACUGGAACCAGUAUGACGUCCGCUUGUCUUCGGGCGGUUACCCCAUGGAAUGCGACAUACCGCAGAUCAUGGAACAGCGAAACAUCAGCAGGGAAUAUGUAUUUAAGAACUACCUAUCAGUGAGCGUGUUCUUUGAUCAGCUGGUGUUUACCGAGAUUGAGCAGGUUCCCUCGUACACAGCCGUGGACAUUGUGGCAAACCUUGGCGGACAGCUGGGAAUUUUCCUCGGCGCCAGUUUCCUCACGCUUACGGAAGUUGUCGAGUAUAUCGUGGGGACCUUAUGCAUGGUCUGUUAUAAACGCAAGAAAACCCUUGUUCAGAACUGGACUGCGGACAACACAGAAAAGAAGCCCGAUACAAGCAACUAA